AUGCAAAGACUCACAGGAUUUCUUUACAAAGGAAUGACAGAGAUGCAAAAGGUAAGCACCUAAGUUCAACAAACUUUUUACUACUGCACGAAAGUUUGUAAUUCAGACCAUAAAUACUAGGAUAACUCAGCUUAAACGCCUCAGAUGUUUUAAGACAUCUUUUUAACCAGUUACAAUUUAAUAAAAAGGAGACAAAUUCAAAUCAAAAUUAGUGAUAGGUAGGCUCAUGGUUCAAUACAUCAAGAAAAGCUAAUUGUUUCUCUUCAUAAGAUUAAGCUUCACGAUACAAAACUAGCUUUCAGAUAAAACUAUCUCAGCUGCAUUAAAACUUUCUCCAACUUCAUAGUAUCAAUACUAUAUAUAUAUAUAUAUAUAUAUAUAUAUAUAUAUAUAUAUAUACACACAUAUAUAAAAACAAAGGUCUGACUAAGGUAAUUUGUGUAUUUUUUAAAUACAAUUCAAACAGUCAAACGAAAUGCGAUUUCCAUCUUUUAAAAAAGUGAAAUUUGAGUUUCUAGAUGGAAAUUAUGACAACAUUAAAAUACUGACGUGAGAAUACAACUUCCUAUCCGUGGCUUUUAUUUUGACAUCAUGGAGGAAGUCAAGUAUGUUUUAAGUCUGAACGUAACAUCGAGCCACGGUUGAAAUGCAGCUGAUGGUAAUCAGGAAAACGGAGAGCAUGGUGCAGGAUCUCAGACACAUGCAGUAAGUGCCAGGUGUUUUUACAGACUUUUAUAUUUUCAGAAGUAAAGAAGAAAUGACAUAGCAGGGGUUUCUGAUUGAUUUGUAGUUUUACAGCUUUUCCACAGUGUCGACAUUCAGCACAUCAGUUAGCUAGCUAAGACGUUAUUUAGCUAACCCCUUUAGUUGGAUCAAAAGUUUUCACCUGUCCAGUGUCAGUUUGACAAAAUUUAGGUCCAGAUCAUUAAAAUAAUUACCAGAGACUUUCUAGAAGUAAGAUACAGUGUAAUUUUUUAUGAUUUUGUGAGAUUUAGAAGUUGGUUUGGGGUGUUCAGUGGGCAGUGAGUAAUGACUUAACAGAUGAUUAGUAAAUACUGUGUAGAAUAUGAGACUAAAUUCACUAGAAGACUUCAGUAAUAAAUGAAUUAUAGAGUUUAUCGUUGGAAAAAAUAUUGGCAGCGUCUGACAACUAUUACAAAGAUUAUCAAUGACCUUGACAUCCUUUCAUAAUAUGAAAGAAAUAAGGGCUGUAUGAGUGAAAACUCUUACUGGUCUUUUUAAUGUAUACAGUGACUAAAAUGGUUACAAAUUCUGACUAAAAUUCACAAAUAGUCCACACUAAACCAGCAAUAGACUAAAAUUUAAUGUAAUGUUCUUUACAGCUUAACACUGGUUUGAAUUGGGUUUUGAAAUCAAAUGUAAAACACCUCUGCAUAUAUAGAUCUAAUACCAUUAAAGCCUUCAUAAUGUGACUACAUUUAUUGCAGGUUUGAAAUAUAUCCCUUGGUUUGAAAUGCCACCACGGAUAAGCCCUCUUAAAGAUGCCAGUCAUCAUGUUUUGUCAAGGUCUGACAAGAUAUCCAAAUUAGAGGUGAAGUUUAUCAAUGCAAUAAAAGGUAAGGUGACAGGACAUAUUUGUGAAUUACUCCUUAUGUAUACAAUUGCCAUCUCAUAAGUAUUUGAUGUAAGAUGUCAGGAUAAACUAGUUAAGCUAGAGAUUGCAGCUUUGUAUAGGCUUACUAUCUCUUGAGGUCUAAAUUAAUACACAGCAUUAAGGUCUCACUUUUCUGUUAAAUGUUUCUGCUAUCUUUUUUAGGACGUGGUGUAUUUGCAAAGACUCCUUUUUGCAAAGGAGAUUUUGUUGUUGAAUACAGGGGAGAUUUGAUAACGGAUGCAGAAUACAGCAGCAGAAGAAAACUUUACCACCCAUCAUGUGCUGCAUUUAUGUUUGCAUUUCAGUGGAGAGGGAAAACAUGGUGGUAGGAUGACACUCUACUAUCAAAGGGUUUUGACUUUCUUAAGAAAUACUGUGAUAUUUAGUUUCUCAUUGUCUUGUGUUUUGAUUUUUCAAGCAUUGAUGCAUCAAGAGAAGAUGAAUCAUAUGGGCGACUGGUCAAUGAUGAACACAGGUCUCCAAACUGUAAGAUGAAAAAAAUUGAGGUGACCGGAAACCCACACCUUUGUUUGUUUGCACUGAACGACAUUAAAGAGGGAGAAGAAAUAACCUAUGAUUAUGGAGAUGCUGACUGCCCAUGGCGAACACAAGUAUGUUGCACUAAGAUUGGCUCAUUUUUUAAAACUGAAGUAAAAAAGUAAUUCAAGAUACAUAAAAAUUAAUAUGUUCAAAGGUGGCUGAGGAAACUGUGAAAGGGUCAAGCAAGUCCCUCCACUCCAAUGUCCCAAAGGAUAAGCACAUAAAGCAUACUCGCCAAAAGGUACAUUGCAUCCAUCUCAGCCCCCAGUGAAGUGUUCUUAACAUGUGUUUAAUUCAGUGCAUUUUUUAUCAAGUCUAAUAAGUAUUCACUAUCAAAAUUUAUAGUUUUACAAUGUGUAUCAACAGGAGGCUAGGACCCUACUAAACUUCCUGGAGGUGGACAUCCCCAAUCCCUCCACCCAGCCGAAGGCUACCAAAGAUGAUGCCAUUGGUCAAGAUAGCACCUCUGAUCAGGUGAGUCAUAUUUAUCACCUUACAUUUCAUAUUAAAACCAUUCUUCUGUCAGAUUUGAUGUCUUACAAUGCUAAAAAGUGACAAAAUAGGGUAAAAAAUCAUGAAAUUCAGUUUGAACCAGUGCACUGGGCAGUCAAAUGUAAACAACAUAGAAGCUUGGUGGUUUGUAUAAGAUAAAGGUUUUGGUUUGAGCCUGUUCUGGAGUUUUCUUAUUGAUUUAUUAUCAGUGAAUUGUAAACACUUACGAUGUCCCCAUAAGACACUUUGAGUAAUUUCUCACUCUGGGUAGAGAAGCAGAUUCAGACACAUCUGGUCCCCACAAGGCAGCUUAAUCUAGUGUGUGAAGUGUCCCCACAAAGUGUAUUGUGUUUUUAGAAAAAAUCCAUGUGUAUUAUAAUGUAGUUAUUGCAAAUUUAUUCAAGUUUCAAUUUCUCCAAAUCAAAUAUAUUUUUGUUAUUUGAUCCACAGGAGACUAGGGGCCUACUGCAUAACCCGGAGGUGGACAUCCCCAAUCCCUCCACACAGCCACAGGCUACCAAAGAUGACACCAUUGGUCAAGAUAGCACCUCUGAUCAGGUGAGUCAUAUUUAUCACCUUACAUUUCAUAUUAAAACCAUUCUUCUGUCAGAUUUGAUGUCUUACAUUGCUAAAAAGUGAAAAAAUAGGGUAAAAAAUCAUGAAAUUCAGUUUGAACCAGUGCACUGGGCAGUCAAAUGUAAAGAACAUAGAAGCUUGGUGGUUUGUAUAAGAUAAAUGUUUUGGUCUGAGCCUGCUCUGGAGUUUUCUUAUUGAUUUAUUAUCAGUGAAUUGUAAACACUUACGAUGUCCCCAUAAGACACUUUGAGUCAGUUUCUCACUCUGGGUAGAGAAGCAGAUUCAGACACAUCUGGUCCCCACAAGGCAGCUUAAUCUCGUGUGUGACGCGUCCCCACAAAGCCUGUUGUGUUUUUAGAAAAAUUCCAUGUGUAUUUUAAUGUAGUUAUGGCAAAUUUAUUCUUUUUUUAUUUCUCUAAAUCAAAUAUAUUUUUGUUAUUUGAUCCACAGGAGACUAGGGGCCUACUGCAUAACCCGGAGGUGGACAUCCCCAAUCCCUCCACCCAGCCACAGGCUACCAAAGAUGACACCAUUGGUCAAGAUAGCACCUCUGAUCAGGUGAGUCAUAUUUAUCACCUUACAUUUCAUAUUAAAACCAUUCUUCUGUCAGAUUUGAUGUCUUACAAUGCUAAAAAGUGACAAAAUAGGGUAAAAAAUCAUGAAAUUCAGUUUGAACCAGUGCACUGGGCAGUCAAAUGUAAACAACAUAGAAGCUUGGUGGUUUGUAUAAGAUAAAGGUUUUGGUUUGAGCCUGCUCUGGAGUUUUCUUAUUGAUUUAUUAUCAGUGAAUUGUAAACACUUACGAUGUCCCCAUAAGACACUUUGAGUAAUUUCUCACUCUGGGUAGAGAAGCAGAUUCAGACACAUCUGGUCCCCACAAGGCAGCUUAAUCUAGUGUGUGAAGUGUCCCCACAAAGUGUAUUGUGUUUUUAGAAAAAAUCCAUGUGUAUUUUAAUGUAGUUAUUGCAAAUUUAUUCAAGUUUCAAUUUCUCCAAAUCAAAUAUAUUUUUGUUAUUUGAUCCACAGGAGACUAGGGGCCUACUGCAUAACCCGGAGGUGGACAUCCCCAAUUCCUCCACACAGCCACAGGCUACCAAAGAUGACACCAUUGGUCAAGGUAGCACCUCUGAUCAGGUGAGUCAUAUUUAUCACCUUACAUUUCAUAUUAAAACCAUUCUUCUGUCAGAUUUGAUGUCUUACAAUGCUAAAAAGAGAAAAAAUAGGGUAAAAAAUCAUGAAAUUCAGUUUGAACCAGUGCACUGGGCAGUCAAAUGUAAACAACAUAGAAGCUUGGUGGUUUGUAAGAGAUACAGGUUUUGGUCUGAGCCUGCUCUGGAGUUUUCUUAUUGAUUUAUUAUCAGUGAAUUGUAAACACUUACAAUGUCCCCAUAAGACACUUUGAGUCAGUUUCUCACUCUGGGUAGAGAAGCAGAUUCAGACACAUAUGGUCCCCACAAGGCAGCUUAAUCUCGUGUGUGACGCGUCCCCACAAAGCCUGUUGUGUUUUUUGAAAAAUUCCAUGUGUAUUUUAAUGUAGUUAUGGCAAAUUUAUUCUUUUUUUAUUUCUCUAAAUCAAAUAUAUUUUGUUAUUUGAUCCACAGGAGACUAGGGGCCUACUGCAUAACCCGGAGGUGGACAUCCCCAAUCCCUCCACCCAGCCACAGGCUACCAAAGAUGACACCAUUGGUCAAGAUAGCACCUCUGAUCAGGUGAGUCAUAUUUAUCACCUUACAUUUCAUAUUAAAACCAUUCUUCUGUCAGAUUUGAUGUCUUACAAUGCUAAAAAGUGACAAAAUAGGGUAAAAAAUCAUGAAAUUCAGUUUAAACCAGUGCACUGGGCAGUCAAAUGUAAAGAACAUAGAAGCUUGGUGGUUUGUAUGAGAUACAGGUUAUGGUCUGAGCCUGCUCUGGAGUUUUCUUAUUGAUUAAUUAUCAGUGUAUUGUAAACACUUACGAUGUCCCCAUAAGACACUUUGAGUCAGUUUCUCACUCUGGGUAAAGAAGCAGAUUCAGACACAUCUGGUCCCCACAAGGCAGCUUUAUCUAGUGUGUGAAGUGUCCCCACAAAGUGUAUUGUGUUUUUAGAAAAAAUCCAUGUGUAUUAUAAUGUAGUUAUUGCAAAUUUAUUCAAGUUUCAAUUUCUCCAAAUCAAAUAUAUUUUGUAAUGUGUAUCCACAGGAGACUAGGGGCCUACUGAACAACAUGGAGGUGGACAUCCCCAAUCCCUCCACACAGCCACAGGCUACCAAAGAUGACACCAUUGGUCAAGAUAGCACCUCUGAUCAGGUGAGUCAUAUUUAUCACCUUACAUUUCAUAUUAAAACCAUUCUUCUGUCAGAUUUGAUGUCUUACAAUGCUAAAAAGUGACAAAAUAGGGUAAAAAAUCAUGAAAUUCAGUUUGAACCAGUGCAAUGUGCAGUCAAAUGUAAAGAACAUAGAAGCUUGGUGGUUUGUAUAAGAUAAAUGUUUUGGUUUGAGCCUGCUCUGGAGUUUUCUUAUUGAUUUAUUAUCAGUGAAUUGUAAACACUUACAAUGUCCCCAUAAGACACUUUGAGUCAGUUUCUCACUCUGGGUAGAGAAGCAGAUUCAGACACAUCUGGUCCCCACAAGGCAGCUUAAUCUCGUGUGUGACGCGUCCCCACAAAGCCUGUUGUGUUUUUUGAAAAAUUCCAUGUGUAUUUUAAUGUAAUUAUGGCAAAUUUAUUCUUUUUUUAUUUCUCUAAAUCAAAUAUAUUUUUGUUAUUUGAUCCACAGGAGACUAGGGGCCUACUGCAUAACUGGGAGGUGGACAUCCCCAAUCCCUCCACCCAGCCACAGGCUACCAAAGAUGACACCAUUGGUCAAGAUAGCACCUCUGAUCAGGUGAGUAAUAUUUAUCACCUUACAUUUCAUUUUAUUACAAUUUUUGUCAUGUUUGAUGUCUUACAAUGCUAAAAAGUGAAAAAAUAGGGUAAAAAAUCAUGAAAUUCAGUUUGAACCAGUGCACUGGGCAGUCAAAUGUAAACAACAUAGAAGCUUGGUGGUUUGUAUGAGAUACAGGUUUUGGUCUGAGCCUGCUCUGGAGUUUUCUUAUUGAUUUAUUAUCAGUGAAUUGUAAACACUUACGAUGUCCCCAUAAGACACUUUGAGUCAGUUUCUCACUCUGGGUAGAGAAGCAGAUUCAGACACAUAUGGUCCCCUUAAGGCAGCUUAAUCUAGUGUGUGACGCGUCCCCACAAAGCCUGUUGUGUUUUUAGAAAAAAUCCAUGUGUAUUAUAAUGUAGUUAUGUCAAAUUUAUUCUUUUUUAAUUUUUCUAAAUCAAAUAUAUUUUUGUGAUUUGAUCCACAGGAGACUAGGUGCCUACUGCACAACAUGGAGGUGGACAUCCCCAAUCCCUCCACACAGCCACAGGCUACCAAAGAUGACACCAUUGGUCAAGAUAGCCCCUCUGAUCAGGUGAGUCAUAUUUAUAACCUUACAUUUCAUAUUAAAACCAUUCUUCUGUCAUAUUUGAUGUCGCAUAAUGCUAAAAAGUGACAAAAUAGGGUAAAAAAUCAUGAAAUUCAGUUUGAACCAGUGCACUGGGCAGUCAAAUGUAAAGAACAUAGAAGCUUGGUGGUUUGUAUGAGAUACAGGUUUUGGUUUGAGCCUGCUCUGGAGUUUUCUUAUUGAUUUAUUAUCAGUGUAUUGUAAAAACACUUAAGAUGUCCCCAUAAGACACUUUGAGUAAUUUCUCACUCUGGGUAGAGAAGCAGAUUCAGACACAUGUGGUCCCCACAAGGCAGCUUAAUCUAGUGUGUGAAGUGUCCCCACAAAGCCUGUUGUGUUUUUAGAAAGAUUCCAUGUGUAUUAUACUGUAGUUAUGUCAAAUUUAUUCAAGUUUUUAUUUCUCUAAAUCAAAAAUAUUUUGUAAUGUGUAUCCACAGGAGACUAGGGGCCUACUGAACAACUGGGAGGUGGACAUCCCCAAUCCCUCCACCCAGCUGGAGGCUCUGAUAGAUGACACCAUGGGUCAGGAUAAAACCUCUGAUCAGGUGAGUCAUAUAUAUAACUUUUCAAUUCAUUUAAAACCUUUUCUUUUAAAAUAAGAUAGGGUUAAAUUAGAAGCACCUGUUGAUCCUCUAUGGGAAAUGUCAUUACUUUCAUGUUUUUUUUUUCUUAUACAGCUAAAAAGUGACAAAAUUGGGUAAAAAAUCAUGAAAUUCAGUUUGAACCAGUGAAUUAGGCAGUCAAUUGUAAAGUUUGUAGAAGCUCGGUAGUUUGUAUGAGAUACAAGAUCAAUCUGAGCCUGCUCUGGAGUUUUCUUAUUUAUUAAUUUUCAGUACAUUGUGAACACUUACGAUGUCCCCAUAAGACACUUUGAGUAAUUUCUCACUCUGGGUAGAGGACCAGAUUCAGACACAUCUGGUCCCCACAAGGCAGCUUAAUCUAGUGUGUGAAGUGUCCCCACAAAGCCUGUUGUGGUCAAUAGAAAAAUCCUGCAUAUAUUAUUUAAUAUAAACAUCAAGGCACCUUAUCUGUAAUGUACUAGCUUUUUACAUGCUUAACACAGCCUUAAAAAAAAUGCCAUACUGCCAAUAUAUCCACUGCACUGAUAAAAAUUUGGUAGUAAAGGGACAAUUCAAUUUUAUUAAGUGUAUAUUCUGUUAUAUUGGAAAUAUGAUGUUUAUAGUUUCUUUUGUUGUCAGAUUGUCGCCUCUCAGAGUGACGUUGAGAUCUCUGUGCCAAAGUUGAGACGGACCAAAAGUGUCAUUGUAAGUUUCAAAAUUGAAGUCAUUAAAUAUGAGAGCCUUGAAUGCCUCUGACUUUUUCUCAAAGCUGAGGGAAAUGGCAAAUGUAAAGACAUUCCACAUUUCAGUAUUCAAAACAUCUCUGAAGAAAUUUUUUUUGUCUUAGUUUUCAGCAAAUUUGAUGUAAGGUUUAAAGUCAGAUCAUGAAUAUGCAAUAUUAAUCUAACUGUGUUUAAAACAUGAGAGUAGACACCUGUCUCAUUGCAUCUUAGAAAUGUUACUAGUCUGGAUCUUUGGCUGUUUUUCACUUAAGUGAGAGACCUGUCUCUUGUCAAGGCCAAAGUUGUGUGCAAAUAUAACUGAGUGGCCUCAUGGUUACCAAGACCUGGCAGAGGUUUUGUCUUAGUGAACACUGUAAAGAAGCAAUUGAGCAUAAUUGUACAUGCUUUCCAAAACUGAAAUAACAAAAUCAGUCCAUAACAUAUGUUUCCCUUGAAUAUUUCUCUGUACUGUUUGUUAACCAAAUUGAAAGUUUUACAUAUUUUGAAUUACAUUUCUUUUUUUUAGAUGAAAGACAUAAAUCUUGAAGAUUCUGCUGAACUGUAUGAUUCUGCAUCUGAGAGUGGAGAUGAUUACAUUCCAGAUACCACAUGCGAAAGUGACAGUGAUAGUGAUACUAGCCUUCACCUUAGCCCAAAGACUCAAAGGUCUCUUGCUGACAAAACUUAUGUUCCUGACCCAGUGAGCUCCCCUGAAGUUGACAGCACAACGCCAGACCAUCUCUUUCUUCCAUCCAAAGCCACUGGAGCAGAAGAAGAGCCUUGCUCAAGCCAGAACAUAAAUGACGUGAUAGUUGUUACUGCAUGCCAAAAGAGAGCUGGGAAAAGAGUUUAUGACAAAAGACAUUAUUGUCUGUAUUGCUCUAAGCCUUAUGCAAAGAUGGCCAGACAUCUAGAGGCUGCACAUAUGGAUAUAUCCAGUGUAGCCAAAGCUCUAAGCUUUCCAAAGGGCUCCAAGAAAAGAAAAUUACAACUAGAUUAUAUUCGCAACCAAGGGAACUUUGCACACAAUGCUGCAGUCAUGGAGUCAGGAAAGGGGAAACUUGUUGCAUUCAAACGACCAGUUGAAGAGUUAGAGGGAAAGGACUUUAUGCAUUGUGCAUAUUGCCAAGCACUUUUUACCAGAAAAGUCCUGUGGCGACACAUGCGUAGAUGUAGACUCAGACCUGAAUCAGUCACCCCCAAACCAGGAAAGAACCGUGUCCAGUCCAUGUGUAAAUAUGCAGAACCUGUGCCUUCCUACAUAAAAAAAGAACUGUGGGAAGUAAUCAGUAGCAUGAAUCCUGACCCAAUCACUGACAUCAUAAAAAAUGACAAAGUCAUUCUUGAUAUUGGACAACACUUGCUAAACAAAGGUGGGUCAUCAGACAAAAAUAAACAGAAUGUGAGAGAGAAGAUGCGAGAAUUGGGAAGGUUAAUCAAGAGUGCCAGGAGAGGCACCACAUUAAACAAAAUGGAGGACCUCAUCAAUCCAGAGAAGUACAUGGAGACUGUCAAAGCUGUCAAGCUUACAUGUGGGUAUGAAAGUGACACAAACAAGUUCCUCAUUCCAUCACUGGCUAUCAAACUUGGAAAUGCCCUGGUUAAAGCAAGCAAACUAUUAAAAGCUCAGGGUUUAAUAUCCAACAACAACGAGCUUGUGAAGAAUGCCAGUGGGUUUCAAGAGGUGCAUCAGGAGAAGUGGAAUGAAGUGAUCUCAGCAACUGCCUUGAGAAACAUCAGGGAAGCAAAGUGGAAUGUCCCUACUCUUAUGCCCUUUACCCAAGAUGUCCAAAAGAUGCACACUUAUCUCAGUCAAAUGCAAGAUGAGUGGCACAAAUCUCUCUCAGAAAGUCCCUCUACAAGAGCCUGGAUGGAGCUGGCAAAGGUGUGUUUGGCCCAGAUUAUUCUCUUUAACCGUCGCAGGGAGGGUGAGGUGUCAAGCAUGCCCUUAUCGGCAUUUUUAUCAAGAGACUCCACUGAUGCACAUGAGGAUGUGGACUGGGCACUCUCUGAAGUGGAGAAAAAGCUGUGCAGACACUUCUCAAGGAUUGUCAUCAGAGGUAAACGUGGUCGGCCGGUCCCAAUACUUCUGACUCCAAAAAUGCUGUGUUUACUGGAACUCCUUGUCAAACAGAGAGAGGCUUGUGGGGUUCUAAAUGAAAACUGUUAUAUGUUCGCAAGACCAGGAGCAAUGUCACAUUUCCGAGGUUCAGACUGCCUCCGUAGCUUUGCAAAGGGGUGCAAUGCAAAGUGUCCAAGGUCACUGACAUCGACCAGACUUCGAAAGCAUGCUGCAACUCUUUCGACAGUGCUUAACAUGACAGAUACGGAGAUGGACCAGCUGGCCAACUUUCUUGGCCAUGACAUCAGAAUCCACCGAGAGUUCUACAGACUCCCUGAAAAGACCCUACAGCUUGCCAAGAUAAGCAAGGUUCUAAUGGCACUUGAGCAAGGAAGAUUAUCUGACUUUCAUGGCAAGAACUUAGAUGAAAUAAGGAUAGAGCCAGAUGGUAAGUUAUUUUAUUUGACUUUUUUGUUUUGCUUUGUUUACCAGAUUAUUUAAUUCACAUUGGAAGAAUGUACUCUGUACUACUUUCACAGAAAAAGUUCUUGACAGUGAAGAAGAAGAGGAUGACAGGAGCAUCCAGGGGGAAACUUCUACUGUUGAAGGUAUGUCUUGUCAGUUAAUUACUGAUGACAUACCAGUUACCAGCUAUUCUAAUACACUAGUUGUACUCUAACCCUCUGGUAAAAAUUGUUAGUCCCCCAUCUCAAUCUUUUAAUUAACUGACAGUUGAAAGGGAGAGUAAGUUAUCAAGAAAUCUUUACUUGGGUCUGUCAUGGCAUAAGAUUUUUAUCAUGGGCCAAAAGAAAUUCACUCUUUAUAGAAAACUUGGCAAAAAAUGACACUGUCAUGUCAAAUUAAUCUUGAACUUUGUCUUUUUUUUGCAAAAUACUCUGAACAUGCUCACAAAGAGAUGGAGAGAGACUACACAAAUUUUGGUGAUUAUCCAUCACCUCUGAGUUUGAGGAGAUGUGUGCUCAACGAGAUGAUAUAAUUGACAUUCAUAAAUAAAUAUCAAUUUCUCUACACUUCUUGAAAAUGUGGAAUUUGGUCUUUGUCCAUAGAACCAUCAGCAGAGGGGUUGUGUCCUCCUACAGAAGAGAGUGAAAUGCAGCAGUCAGCAUCCAAAAGACGCAGACCACCAUCACCAGGUGAUGAGGUACCUCCAGGUGGGGCUAUGAAGCCUUCCUCCAAAGGUAACUAAGCUGCUUGAAUUCACACCUGAUUUUCGUCUUUGCUGUUUUAAUUAAUAAUUAUUUUGAUUUAAACAUUUUGGUGUAGAAUUGUCACUGUUGCAACUGAUUUGUUUUGCUUUAGUUGCACAGAAAUAUCAAGAUUACAAAGCUUAGGAUCUUGUCAAGGGUUUCAUGCUUAUUCCGUUAAAUACAGGGCUUUUUCAAUUCAUUUUAGAGGAUAACCCCAAUGCAGUAAUAACAAUUAUGCAGGAGUGCUUGUACAAAAUGUGCAUCACAUUUAUUUCAAUAAGAAACAAUAAAGUUCAUAGCUUCAUGAACUAAAUGUUAUUUUCAAGAGUUGAACUUUUUGAAAAUUAUUUUAUUUACAUUAAAAACAGUCCUUACUGUUUACAUUCAGGCAUGAAAUAAAUGUAAGGAAAUCACACAGAUGAAAAUGUAUUUCUAUUCAUCAGCGCAAAUAACUACAAAAAAUGGCAUACACUAAUUAUUUUUCUUUGCCCCUUUUUUAAUCACAAUUUUGUUUUUCUGGCCGCCUCAAGGCAAAGCUCCCCAGAAAAAACAGAAGAAAAUGCCCUGGCAACAGAGAGAGGUGCAGGCGGUGGAAAGGCACCUGAAAAGAUUCAUUACAUCCUGCAUUGUACCAUCCAAAAGCGACUGUCAGAAGUGUUUAAGUGCUGAACCAGAAGCUCUGAAGGACCGCACCUGGCAGAACGUAAAGUUCUAUGUGUACAACCGCAUUACAGCUUUCAAAAGGAAAGUGCAACUUCAGUAA